AUGGAAGAGGCUCGUAAACUGCUGCUGAAGUUUUAUCAAAUUUACGAACUUUUAUAUGGCACGAAAGCAGUGAAAGUACACCUUCUGCAACAUUUUCCGGAUGUUGUAGAGAAGUGGGGUGCUUUGUGGGGUCAUUCCUGCUUUUGCCAGGUUGCAUCGAUUGUUAUGAUCAUUAAGACCAUUUCAGAUGUGCUACCAUCAGCGACUGACCAGCUAUUAGCACCACCUGUAGUUUGUUUGGCUACAAAAUUUGGACUGAUGUGGUUGCCAUUUGCCUACACCUCUAAAUUAUCUGUUUAUAUGCGACUGGCCAAAGAUCUCAAGAUUUGUAAAGCAGAUCUCUUUGUUGAGUGUACGAGUGUGACUUGUGAGCAUGUUGUCCCUUUCGAAGUGAAAGAUUCUGUGAAAGUUUUUUGUCUACAGGAUCUGUUUGUUGACCCAAUCAAUGUUGUUUUGAGGAGGCUUGGCAACGAGGAACUUUGUCGUGGUUCGCCUGUCAAAACUGUUGGGAGACUGAAACUAGCUUGUCAUGUGAUACAAUCAAAGAAAAGUCAGGCGACAAAGAAAAAUUCUUAUAAUGUCGAAUUUACCGAAUGUCAUGAAGAACAGCCGUUGUUUGGUUAUGUAUUACUCUUUAUCAUUUUUGGAUGUGAACGGAAUCUUCGGGAGCCGAUCGGAAAGCAUUUACUUCCUUCUCGAGAGACUCGGGACCUGGUAGCAAUUCCUGUAGGAGACAUAACAGCUCGAGUAGUCUAUAACAAAGCAGCUCGAAAGUCAUUACUCGUCGACGGUUUGAUCAGCUCGAGUCGAUCGCUCUCUGUGAAGAUGAUGACUCUGCGUGUACAGAUCCUCUCUCUCGUUUCUGUCUUCUUCGUUCUGCAGACAAAUCCGAGUUAUGCCGUACCGAUCAAUGUAGACGAAGACUUUUUGAAACCUCUCUGCGAGAACCCGCCACCGGUUUUACGACUCGUGUGCAAGAGUCUGUUUGGUGUCACGUGUCCGACACAAGCCAAGUUGGGAGAUUGGGCAUACAAUGGUAUAGAAGUCGACGGCUCGCUCAAUAGCACCGCCGCUAGCGCUUGUCCCGGCGUAAGACUGCAGACGUACGAAAGAACAACGAAUCUCUCGACUAUUCUGUCUGAAUGUCGUUCAAAAGUAAUCGUCCAAACAGAAGAAGAAUACCGAUGUCCACCUACUACAAAAGAAAAGGCUGCUGCUCUAACUCGCAUAUUUGGAAGCUUUGGGCCACCACCACCUCCAGUCGUACAACCAUCGGCUGCUGCUGCGACGGUAGAGCCGACGACGGCACUCCCCGUAAGAGCAAAACGUCAAGAAUGCUACUACAACGACGCCAUAGACCUCGCCAUUCUUAUCGAUGCCUCCGGCAGCGUUGGCAGCCCAAACUUCUACAAAUCCGUCGAGGACGUAGCCACGUUGAUCGAAAACACUUGCAAUGACUUCAAAUGUGGUUCUCCACAGAUCAGAGUGGCCGUGGUGACGUUCGCAUCUUCUCCCGUCACCGUGUUCGACUUGGCCUACUCGGCAGCAAACCACCACAAUCGCCAAGACAUAAUCGACAGCAUCCUGACAACACACUACACGAACGGCGGCACCGCGACACGUUCGGCUCUCGAGCACGUCCGUGACAACAUUUUCAGCGCCAGUCAUGGUAUGAGACGACACAGUAAGAAAAAACUCAUGGUACUGACAGACGGUAACCACAACGGCGGACAAGACCCCAAAGACGUGGCAGAGAGCUUGCACGAGCGACCGGGUAGCGAUCAAGUCGACGUCUUUGCCCUCGGCAUCGGCAGCGGAAUAUCGUUCCAAAACGUGAAAAAUCUCAAUCACGCCAGCGACUUGAACAAAAUUCUUCCAUUUUUGACUUACUCCUCGUUCGCCGAGUUCUCACAAGGAGUUCAAGUGGUCGCCGCAGAUGCUCAAGCGAACACCAACUCGUGCUCGUCGUCGGCCUUCAAGAAAUGAAGAACAAACGUGGAUCUAGAGGACGUCGAUUGUCGUGUCGAACCAAAUUUCUGUUGUUUUGUUAGUUGUUGAAAUUUCUGUUUAGCAGUUCAAGUUCAACUUUAUUGUUGGAUACUAUAGUGAUAUUGUCGCUAUAACAGAGUCAGAUUUCUAGACAAUAUAAUUUAAUGUUUAAGGAUGCGUUUAUUAUAUGCGGCUAUAUAUACCUACCACGCAGAUAUGCGUGCAUGCAACCGCUUUGUGAGCAAGCUCGUCGCUGUAUCCGCCCCUGUACUAAGUAUCCACGUGAGUGAGUCCUAAAAGUAUAUUUAGUACGUUUGGAGGUAUCCUGCAACGUUUUCACUCAUUCACCUUUAAAU